AUGGCAACAACUCAAAAACUCACUUCUCUCGAUUUUGAGAUUUUUGGGAAUGUGCAAGGUGUUUGCUUCAGAAUGUACACAGAGGAGGAGGGCCGGAGUCUGGGUCUGAGCGGCUGGGUGAAGAACACCAGGCAGGGCUCUGUGAUUGGUCAGGUUCAGGGACCUGCAGACAGAGUCAGUGAGAUGAAGUACUGGCUGGAGCACGUGGGCAGCCCGAGCUCUCGGAUCGACCGCGCCGUGUUCUCCAACCAGAAAGACAUUUCCAAACUGGAGCUGCACGGCUUCUCCACCCAAUACUGAGCUUACUCACACACUUCCUGUUGUUACAAUAAAUUAAUACAAACUGUAGAAGAAGAA